CGGCGUUGGGCAGGCGGCACCAUGCGGCGGGUGCUCGGCACGCUGGGCUGCUGCCUGGCUCUGCUCCUCCUGCUGCUGCCCGACACGCGUGGCAUCCCACGCCGCUUGCGCCGGCAGCCGCUGGGCAGGCACGGAGCGGCAGACUCUGCCUGCAAGAACCGUCCCCUCGACCUCGUCUUCAUCAUCGACAGCUCCCGCAGUGUCCGACCCGAAGAGUUUGAGAAAGUGAAAAUCUUUUUGUCCGAAAUGAUCGAUACUCUGGAUGUUGGUGAAAGAACCACCCGUGUGGCAGUCAUGAAUUACGCCAGCACUGUCAAGGUAGAGUUUCCCCUCCGGACCUACUUUGAUAAAGCCUCCAUGAAGGAGGCCGUGUCUCACAUUCAGCCCCUGUCUGCUGGCACCAUGACUGGCCUUGCCAUCCAAGCUGCCGUGGAUGAAGUCUUCACUGAGGAGAUGGGCACCCGACCAGCCAACUUAAACAUCCCCAAGGUGGUCAUUGUUGUGACAGAUGGACGGCCGCAAGACCAGGUUGAAGAUGUGGCAGCAAACGCCCGCGCGGCUGGCAUUGAGAUCUACGCGGUGGGGGUAGGCCGUGCUGACAUGCAUACCCUGCGGCAAAUCGCAAGUGAGCCGCUGGAUGACCACGUCUUUUAUGUGGAGACCUACGGUGUGAUUGAGAAGCUGACAGCCAAGUUCCGAGAGACGUUCUGUGCUGUGAAUACGUGUGCACUUGGGACCCACGACUGUGAGCAGGUCUGUGUGAGUAACGGCGGAUCCUACCUCUGCGAUUGCUAUGAAGGCUACACUCUGAAUCCAGAUAAAAGAACUUGCUCAGCUGUGGAUGCGUGUGCACCUGGGAGGCAUGAAUGCGAUCAGAUCUGUGUGAGUAACAACGGAUCCUAUGUCUGUGAAUGCUUUGAAGGCUACACCCUGAAUCCAGACAAGAAGACUUGCUCAGCCAUGGACGUGUGUGCACCUGGAAGGCAUGACUGUGCCCAAGUCUGUCGGAGGAACGGUGGAUCCUACAGCUGUGACUGCUUUGAGGGAUUCACUCUGAAUCCAGAUAAGAAGACUUGCUCAGCUGUUGACAUGUGUGCACCUGGAAGGCACGACUGCCAGCAGGUCUGUGUGAGAGACGAUCUGUUUUAUACAUGCGACUGCUAUGAAGGCUACGUCCUGAAUCCAGACAAGAAGACUUGCUCAAGAGCCACAACGAGCAGUCUUGUAACAAAUGAAGAGGCCUGUAAGUGUGAAGCUAUAGCUGCACUGCAGGAUUCAGUCACCUCACGCCUCGAAGCUCUGUCCACAAAACUAGAUGAAGUGUCUCAGAAGCUGCAAGCCUAUCAAGACACACAGCAUGUUGUCUGAGCCAGCGUCCUACCCACCUCCAAGAUGAUCCUUCAUAAGCAGUUCUUUUUAUUGUGUUCAGCAAGCUUUAUUUUGUUGCGCAGCUUACAGAAGAGCAGUUGGUUGUUAUUACUGGCAAAUGUCAACAAGGCUUCAGGAAGACAACAGUCUUGAAAGUACAGUGACCCUGAGGGUCUUCAUGUACAUUCAUUUUGUAACCAUAAAGCCACCUAUUCCUGCUUUGGUCUGUACUGUAAGGAGUACAGCAGGUACUUCUGUUCUGCAGUAACUGCAUUUUUAUUGUCUUAUUUAAAAGAAAUACAGGAAAAAAAGAAUGGGUACAGUAUUCACUCAUAUAAAGCUGUGAAAUGGCGAGGCAGAGUGUAAGUGUACCUAUGGAAUCUGUCCAUUAAAAGGGAAAGCAAUCUAUGGUCUUGUAACUUAUUUUGAUAAAAUAAAGUAUGAUCAAGCACACUGA